CCAAUCUUUAUUAACGAUAAACAUGUCAUUUAAUGUAAAAUUAUUUUUUUAUUUUUAUUGAAUGUUAACCAUCACAUAUACCAAACAAUGAACAUUUUGUAAUCAUUUUUCAACAAUUCAAAAAAUUAAAAUAUUUAAAUUGUUUACAAUCUAUAAAUUGAGACUCUAACUAUGGAUGUGAUCAGGGAGUAAGUAAAGAGGUUGAGUGUGACACUCUUUUACCAACACAAUUAAUUAACUAUGAUCAAGUAUAAUCGUAGUCUAUAAAUGCAAUAUAGUGAUUCAGAUUUUAAUUAUCAACUCGGGUCCUAGGUGUAUUGGUUACUCCGUGCAAUUCUAUUAUCUAGCGGCGGAUUUGAUUUGGCCUUCAUUGUUUUUAACCAAACUGGAAGAGUAAGACAACAUGUGCAUGAGAUCAUGGAGGCAAACUAUUAACUAGUUAAGUCAUUAAUUAACACUUGUUGAAAAUUAACAUCAUUAUCUUCCUUUAGUUAGUUGAUGUAGUAUAUCCCCUAGUAUUUUAUUGAUGUAUUGAUAAUUCACGCCUACGACCAAUGACAUGCAUCAUUCAUGUUUGGAUUCUCAUUAGAGAAUGUGUGAUAGACAAAGAACUCCUUAUCUUCAUGAUCAAUUUGUGUUGCCAUUUGCAUGGUUUCAACACAUAUUAUAUACUAUCCUCAACUAAUAUCAUGGGUUUGAGAUAUUGGAGAAAAUCAAUCUAGUUGCUGACGUAGUUGGCCUCUUCUUAAGCUUUCUUUUAAUCUAGUUUGAAAAUAGUUGGCGUUGAGCCGCCCGCGCUGAGUUGCUAACUGACAAACCAAAAUCAGACAAACCAAAAUAAGAUGAAGUGAUGCAGAAAACCAAAUGUGUUGUAACAAGAUUACCCAUGGAGGAGAUUCGUCGACCUGCUUCUUCUUCUUCUCCUUCUGCUUCUUGGUCAUGGAGGAGCUCCCACCAGUACGUGGGUCUUUGAAGGUGGUCUGUGGCACUGCCAGAACAUCCAUGUCUUCUUUAGGCGUUGGGUUCAUGGUAUUCAUCCCUUGGAUCUGCAGUUAGCUUCACUGCCAACCCGGGUGCAAAUUAUUGGUAUUCCUUUGGAGUAUCAUAUCAUGUAUGGCUUGACUCGGAUCGCCAAUGUGUUGGGUAUCCUAUUGUGGAUGGACCAGGCAACGCAUUUUGGGACUCAGAUUGGAGUAGCUAAGUUGUGUAUCAUGGAUGGCUUGACUCGGAUCGCCAAUGUGUUGGGUAUCCUAUUGUGGAUGGACCAGGCAACGCAUUUUGGGACUCAGAUUGGAGUAGCUAAGUUGUGUAUCGGUCUGAGAAUUAAUGUUUCCUUAUAGGAUGUUAUUUAAGUAAUGUCUGAAGGUGAGACAACGUUUUCUCUCUUAGUUGAGUAUCUUCAUGCCCCUUCUAGAUGCUUGCAAUGUCAGGUCCAUGGACAUGAGAUUGGUGAGGGAAUUAAGUGCAAGGUUGCUGAAGUUGAGGAAACUACAUGGGUUGAGAAGGGUUAUGGAGGGAAUGAGCUUGUGCUCCCUACAACAUCACUUGCCUCCCCUGUAAUCGUUGUCUUGGCAGCUAAUGCAGAAUCUCCUGGUGGUGUCUAGGAGUAUGAGUUUGGGAUCUAAUAUAGCAUUUUCUAGUGGUACUAAGGUGAUGAGUUGACCUGAAGUACAUGUUGAUGGUUUGCCUAAUAUUGAUGCAUGUUGUUUAACGAAAAUUAUGUGUGUGUUAGAAUGAUCAAGCGGGUGGUUGAAUAGCGGAUUGCUAUAAACUUAUUCACAAAAAAUCUGAAUUAUUGUACAGACCGGUUGAUGUGGAUGGAUUAUGAGUACUCAAAUCUCAUACUCACACUAAUGUGAGUGGGUGGUGGUCGUUAGCAGGUCACUCGGUAACUCACACCUUACAUUCGCAUCGUAAAGAAUAUUUUCUUUUCAUACUACUAGAGUGCCCUUGUAUAUAUCCUAAUCUCACCAUAGUGAUAGUCGACUUCAACAACGAAAAGAUACAAAAUAUUUUUGUACUACUGGUAUUGAUUAUUAUGUUAACUAAUAUCUAUUAGAUAUUGGAAUGUAAAGUACAAACAAUUAUUUGUAUCAAAGUGACAACAAACGUCAAUUUUGAGUAUUACUAGUUGAUGAAUUAGUGAAAUGAUCGAUAUUUUUGUCAAAGAAACGAGAUCCACAUGCAUGAAGAAUAUUGGUUCAUAGGGAUGUGUUGUUGGUAACUUGCUCUUCUUUAUUAAUGAAUACUUCAUCUAGAGUGGUCAAAUGAAAGAUGAAAUGCAUAGUAAAAAACAAUGCACACCAUAAGUACUGAUGGAUCAAUAGGAAUAAAAGCAAGGUGUGUCUAAUUAAAUUGUUGCCAUAUUAUUAAUUUACAUGGAAUGUAUUGAAAAUUUUAGACAACCUACCUAAUAGUCAAUUGGAGAAUUGUUGUUGCGGGCCAAUCUGCAAUGCGAGCGCACCCACCACUAACCAUCUAUCAAACCCACCACAAAAGAAAACGUGGGCGGAUGGCAUUUGACAACUAUAUCAACUCGUUAGUAAGUGGUGCAGUUGUUUUAGAGCAACAUUCCACCCAACUCACCCAAUAUCUAGGACUGCAACACGAGCGACUUGUCGUUUGGCUCGAGAAAAGCUCAUAUGAAACUCGACUCGUUAGUUUAACCUACAUCUUGUUCAGCUAACCAUGCUCGUGAGCCAGCUCAAAUUGGUGACUUGUUGAGCUCAACUUGUGAGCUGACUCACAAUGUUGCUAGCGAGCCAACUCGCCUUGUGAUUUAUGAUUGAAUCAAUGUAUAACUUAUGACUUGACUUGUUGAUAACUCAUAUGUUGGUUUGAUUGUAUUUCUCGCCAGAUUAUUAUGUUCACUACUCUAUGUAUGAUAGAUUGCAUAGAGACUAGUAACUAUUAAAUAAUUGAUAUGGAUAAGUGAAAUAAAUGAAAUACAUAACAUCAUACUCAAAUUUCAACCGGGCUUGCGAGAUGAUUGAUGAGUCGUAAGUCAAAGUAGAACUAGUGUGCUUAUUCAUCAAUGAGUGGAGCUCAAGUCAAACAUGUGAUGGGGCUUUUGUAAUCGAGCGGAUGUUAAACUCGACUCAUUUAUUAACAAGUUGAAAUCAAAGUAGGUCAAAAUUCGUCUUGACUUGACUAAUUUGCAAUCCAUGGCUACCCCAUUAUCUGCCAUGAAAGUUCUUUUUGCACAAUUGACAGCUAAACAAUCGGAGUGAACCAAAGCUUAAAGGUCAUUUGGAAGUUGUGAUUGUUUCUGUGAUAUCGUUACUAUACUUGUAUUGUGUAGAAUGCAUCGUUCGUUUUGAUUUUUUAGCACACAUAAUACAUAUAUUGUUCCUAU